AUGGGUACGAACAAUACCAGGAUCGUUAUGCAAUUUGCGGUUCUUGCAAUGGUUUUAACCGUUGCAAUGAUGGUGAAAGAAGCUACGAGCAUUCGCAUAUGUAACAUCGACACAAACGAUAUGGAAAAAUGUCGUCCAGCCAUCACAGGAAUCAACCCGCCGCCUCCUGACAACGACUGCUGCGUAGUGGUCCGAGCCACUAAUCUGGAAUGCAUCUGUAGAUUCAAGUCUUAUCUCCCAAUUUUAGGGAUCGACCCAUCUAAAGUCGCGGCCCUCAUAGCCAAAUGUGGCGUUACAACAAUCCCUCGUACUUGCCGAGAUGAGAGUCUUACGUUUUAUCUUCACGCAGCUUGA